AUUACAGCCGAUGGAAGAGGGCUUAUAGCAGAGGAGGCAUCAUUCAGUUGGGGGAAGAGGGUUAUGUGAAGUACUUCUUGAAGAGAUGAGUUUUCAGCCUUGCAGGGAAGAUGAUGCAGUGCAGCUGCAGCUCCUCAGUCGGUCACCUUUCCUCACCUUAUUGGAGCAGAACAGUGCUGUUUCCUGACUGGGCCUACAAACCCACGUGGUCGCCCGGCUCCCGACAGAUCCAGCUUUGGCACUUCCUCCUCGAGCUACUGGGCCGAGGCGAGGGCGGGGCCAUCGGCUGGGGAGGGGAGUGGGGCGAGUUUGUCAUUAGGGACCCUGAGAUGUUGGCCAGGCUGUGGGGCGAGAGGAAGGGCAAACCGCACAUGAACUACGACAAGCUCAGCCGGGCCCUCAGAUACUACUACAACAAACGCAUCCUGCACAAGACCAAAGGGAAACGAUUCACCUACAAGUUCAACUUCAGUAAACUCAUCCUCGUCAACUAUCCGGGAUACCCACCGCCAGCACCACCAGCACCACCAGCACCGAGCCAUCAGCUCGUCCAGAGCGGCUCCCUUCUAUUCCCUCAUCUCGCUGCUGACAGUGGCCUUCCUCUCUGUGGAAGAGCAGGGUCAGUGAUGGACAGAGCGACUCAGCCUCUGCCUCACCCCUUCCUGCUCCCGUGCUGCCUUCCUGAACCGCUCCCCGUGCCUCGGGCUCUCCACGGCCCUUUCCCCGUCAUCUCCACCCCUGCACGGCCAGGAGUCAACCUGAGGGAGCUGGGGGAAUUGAGCCUGAACGCUCGCUGGCUGCACAAGAGCCCCGCAGGGUGGGAUGUGAACCAUUACGUCAGUCGGAGCCUGUAUGAGGGAGCGAAGCAGACUCAACUUCGAGAUGAGGAGAAGGCAGCAGGGAGACGGUUAGAGUGACAAAGAGAAAACAAGCUACAACAGAUGGACUGCUUUCCCUCCUCAAAUCUCUCAAACACAAGCUUUUUUGUGUGUUGUUUGAGCUUGUUGUACAAUAGUUUAUUAUUCACUACCUGUGGUUUAAAAUGCACAGACUUUGUGGGCUAUUUAUUUAGUUGGACCAUGUUGUCUUCUUCUUCUUCAUUUUUUUUUUUUUUUUUGCAUAGAAAUAUUUAUGAAUCCUGCUUUUCUUCUGUCAGCACUUCACGCCACAGUAGGGGAAAUGCACUUGUAAACAAUUAACUACAUGACACUUGUGUUUGGGUAAAUAAAGCAGUGCACUCAGCUUGCAUUAUUUAGCUGUUUGUCUAGCAUUUCACCAGCCCCCUGCUCCAGGCUUCAUGAAAAUAAUACGAGCUCCAUAAAUGAUGCAUUCAAACAGGCCCAGGGAAAACCCUCUUGAAACGGGGGCUUUCGUGUAGUCUUUGCAGUGUCAUUUCCAGGAGCCGGUGUUGUUGCAGUUACCACCCCGACACAACAGGGGGCAGUAGCGUCCUUGACAACUCAUGAAUCUUUCACUACACCCCAUUUUCCCGGGAGAGCGUCUAAGCGGAGAGAUGUAAAACAGCAGAGGUGCCACUCUGAUCAGUAAAGAUAGUACGCGUUAUAUUUGAGCUACUAUUUAUUUUUCCUGAUAUUAAGUUGUAGAUUUUUUAAGGGGGUGUUGUUAAUAUUGCUCUAAAGCAACAUUAUGGAGCCUUCAGAGGAAUCUACAUUUGAAGCAUUUUGUCACUUUUUGCUUAUAUUUUGUUGCAUUUAAGUUAUGGUGUUGUUUUUCAAGAUAUAUUCAUUUGUUUAUUAUAUGUGUUAUUUUUUUUUCUUGGAGCAUUCACUUGUACUUCUUUAUGUUAAAGGAUGGGUGUGGUGCUAUUACUGAUCUGGCCUGCUUGGCAUAAAACUGCUGGAUGAGAUGUUCCCUUUCUAAAGCUCGCAAUGACAAUAAAAAG